AUGCGGGUAUUCACCCACCAGAUGAUGUUUCAUGCAGUGAGCGACCCGAUCUGGUGUCGCGUAUUCUCAACCUCUCUAACGGGAGAGGUGUUGGAGUGGUUCUCCGAGCUGUCGGCUAACAGCAUCGACUCCUUCGCCACUCUGAAAGCCAGGUUCAGCACGCAGUUUGCCCCCUUGAGGCCAGCCAUACUGACGGUGGAUAACUUAGUCAACAUCCGCCAGGAGGAUGGGGAAUCACUGAGAAGUUAUCUCGAUCUGUAUAAUCGCAUGUCGGUCAAGAUAAAAGACCUUAGCGACAAAAUCGCUCGGCAUCACUUCUCGUACGGUCUGCAGUCGGGUGUGUUCGCGGAUAAGAUAAGCCACAAAAAGCCAAAGACGAUGGAGGAGAUGAGGGAGCGAGCGACCAAGUUCAUCCAGAUGGAAGAUAUGCAGGAGUUUAGGGUGAAGAAAAGGGAGAAGGAAGAUGCAGCUUCACAUAAAAGCGCCCCCCGACCGAGCAAACCCCUUGCUCUGCCCAACGAGAAGAAAACACCCAAAAAGAAACCUCCACCUCCCGACGCCGAUGGGAGCAAGCAUUGUCAGUACCAUCGGACAAUCAGCCAUACAACGGAAGAGUGCCAUACGCUCCGUGAUAAGAUUGAGGAGCUGAUCUGCCAAGGGCACUUGAAGAAAUACAUCCAGCAGGACCGCCCCCAGCGAAGCCCGAUCAGGAACAGAAGCCUGGCACGAAGACAGGCCCCAGCUAAGUGGGAAAAGAGGCGAGAGCGGGAGCCCGAUAGGCGAAGGAGAGAGUCGUCUAGAGCCCACCGAAGCCCGAGGAGGAGUCGCAGUCGAAGCAGAGAUAAACCCUUAAGGGGUUACAUCAAUACCAUUUCGGGAGGAUUCGCUGAAGGAGGAUCGAGCUCGUCUGCUCGAAAGAGACAUGUCCGAGCGCUCAAAUCGGUCCACCUGGUGGAGAAGAAGGUGCGAUCGAUGCCCCAUAUAACCUUCACCGAUGAGGACUUCAAAGCCCCAGACCCCGAUCAUGAUGACCCGAUGGUCAUCUCCAUCGAAGUAGCGAAGUAUGGGAUUGGGAAGGUUCUGGUAGACCAAGGAAGCUCUGUCAACAUUUUGUACUAG